AAAGGUGUUUAGGCGCCGGGGAGAGACUAUUUGAGACCAGGGGAAAAAGGGGGCCACAUGCUUCCGCGCACUGGGACAAUGCAGAACUCGAGGAUGCUCAGCGGGACGCUUCUCUGCGCUCUGGUGCUGUUCUCCAGCGCCGCCGGAGCCGAAGUGUUGGACACCGAGUCCGAGGAGGAGCUGAGCCCCAGAGCACUGCGUGACUUCUACCCCAAAGGUCCGAACCUGACCAGUGAGAAGCAGCUGCUUGGAGCUCUCCAAGAAGUUCUUGAAAAGCUGCAGGCUAAACGGCUGCCUUUAUGGGAGAAGAAAUUUGGCCAAGUCCCCACGUGUGAUGUCGGGGAGCAGUGCGCAGUGAGGAAAGGCGCUCGGAUCGGAAAGAUGUGCGACUGUCCCCGGGGAGCUUUCUGCAACUUCUUCCUGCUGAAGUGCUUAUGAGCCUCUCGGAUGUGUCUGAAUGUGGCACUGAGAUGGGAUGAAGAAAGGAGAGGGGGGGAAAACUCACUCUAUUCCUUUGUAAUUACUGUCAUAUUUUUAUGAUACAGCUGAGGAUCAGAUGGGGUGACUGCCUGAAGGGGAAGAGAAAGAACUGUAAACAUAUAGUUCCAUGACACAUACAUAUAUAUAUAUAUAAGGAUGUUGAUGAUGAACCAUGAAGCUCCUGUAAAUAUUCCGAACCUUCUUGCUGAACAACAGGAUCAUUGUUGUGAUGAGUUACAAACCCACACUGCACAAUAAAAUGACCACACACACACACACACAAACACACACACACUGUAAAGACUUCAGCAAUAUUAUAGCGUUGCUUCAUCAGAUCCAGUCCUGUCUUUAGUCCAGUUUUGUUUCAAAUGAAAGUUUUGUGCGUGGCUCAUUAUAGUAAAAUAACAAUAAACUGUGGAUCAUCUUAUUUUGUAAAGCA